AUGAACCAAAAUCACACUAUCAAUAAAUUAAAAUUUACAGUUGACAGAUUUAAACAUAAUCAAGCCCAUUUUGAAUUUUAUACUGGCUUUGAAUCAUACAAUCUAUUUAAAGUUCUACUAGAAUAUUUAGAACCUGCUGCAAGCAAACUUAUAUAUUGGGGGUCAAAUACAGACCUUGAUAAAACAACAGAUUUUAAUUGCAAUAAAAAGGGAAGAGUACGCAUAAUGAGUUCAGAGUCUGAAUUAUUUUUAGUUUUAACGAGAUUUCGACUUGGCCUUUUAAUUGAAGACAUGGCGCUGCGCUUUGACAUAUCCUCAAGUCAUGUUAGUAGAAUCAUAGUUACAUGGACUGACUUUUUGCAUUCUCAAAUGCGUAUGCUACCAAUUUGGGCAACAAAACAAACUGUAAAAGAAAAAAAUCCAAAGUGUUUUAAAGAAAAAUAUGAAUCAACAAGGGUUAUUUUAGACUGCACUGAACUAUUUAUUGAAAUGCCUACAUCUUUUCGAAGCCAGUCUGCAACUUUUUUUAAUUAUAAACAUAAAAAUACAGGGAAAGGAUUAAUUGGAGUAGCACCAAAUGGAGCCAUAACUUUUGUUUCUGAUUUAUACUGUGGUCGUUUUUCGGACAAAUAA